CGCGACACACAAGAGCAGGGAGGACUGAGUCGCGCGGCAGCUUCUCCUUACAGAAAAAGAAUUUAGAAAAUUACAAAAGAAAAUGAACCCAAAUAUCUCAGUGUUCUGUUUAUCUCUGUUUUUUCUGCUUCAUUUCGUAGGAGCCAAAUCCGUUUCUGAUCUACAGAGUUUAAAGCAGCUUCUAGAAGAGGAGAUCAACACUGCGCCGUAUUACUCCUCUGAGGAGAUGGAGGUGGAGGGGAGAGAUGGAAACACAGACAAGUCGGUGUUCGGAGCUCCAGAGCAGCAUCCGUGGGACUCCUCCGACCCCAGCAACUCGGCACUGCAGGCGGCGAAAGACACCGUUCGCGCACGUCUCUUCAAAGAUCUCAUGAGGACCUCCAAGCGCUCGUGGAGCCGGUACAAGAAGGGCGGGCUGAGGAGCUGCUUCGGUGUCCGGUUAGAGAGGAUCGGUUCCUUCAGCGGACUGGGAUGCUGAAGAUGAAGGCGUGGAUGACUCGGGGACCAGUGUGACCAUAAGCAGCAGCAGAGCUCCUCUCACAGUCCCACACCUUUAACUGACACUGACAAGGCUCUCCUGUCCAGGGUUCCCUUUCUCAUAUGUGAGCUAUUAAAAAAUUAAAUUAUUGUAAAUGUAUUUAUUAUUUAUUUUACAUUUUUGUUGGAUAAAGUAGAGUUACCUUGUAAUAGAUUUCAUUGUAGUAAAAUAAUUAUUUUGCAUAA